AGAUUCUUUAUUUGACCCAAACCCUAACCAACAUUUUCAGUUCUUUAUUUUUUUCUCUUAUUAAUUUUCCAGUUCUCUUUUCAUUUUCACUUAUAGCCGUUACAACUCACGGCUCCCUCUUCUCCUCUCGUCUCCCUUUCUUGUUUUAGCAACAAAAAUGGCGACGAAAUUAGCUACAGAAUUGCCUUCUACGACGGUUAUUUCUUGCUCUUUGAAAAGAAAAAGACCGCCCAGUCUUGAAAUUCCAAAUGUACUUCAAGAAAUUCAGUCUGAUAGGCUUAAAUUUAAAGAUUUGACUCCGACGAACGAACCCUUUUGUUUUAGUGACACUGGCGUCGCGGUUUCCUCCAUUAAAGGCAAGAAAAAGUUUAUGGAAGAUGCCCACAAGAUUGUUUCUCGUUUAAACGGCUGUUCCAACUCAGGUUUCUUUGGUGUUUAUGAUGGGCAUGGAGGGAAAAAAGCUGUGGAGUUUGUUGCAGAGAAUUUGCAUGGUAAUAUUCUUGAAAUGAUGGUGAAUUGUAAUGGAAAUGAAUCCAAAGAGGAAGCUGUUAAAGCUGGGUACUUGAAAACAGACCAUGAAUUCUUGAAGCAGGGUGUAGUAAGCGGCGCCUGUUGUGUGACAGCCUUGAUUGAAGGACAGGAGGCUGUGGUGUCGAAUUUGGGUGAUUGCCGAGCUGUUCUAUGUAGAGGAGGAGUGGCAGAAGUGCUUACAAAAGAUCAUAGAGCAGAGCGGGAGGAUGAACGACAAAGAAUCGAGAACAAGGGAGGAUAUGUAGAGAUCCACCGCGGAGCAUGGAGAGUUCACGGUAUACUUUCUGUUUCGAGAAGCAUUGGAGAUGCUCAUCUCAAGGACUGGGUGCUCGGCGAGCCUGAUACAAUAAUCUUGCCUCUGACCCUAGACACAGAGUUUCUUGUCUUAGCUUCCGAUGGACUAUGGGAAGAGAUCGGAAACCAAGAAGUUAUUGAUACUGUGAUAGCAUCAUGUAUGCCUGAGAAGAAAUUGGGGUCCAAAGUAGAUGUACAAAAAGAUGAUGUUCUUUGUGGCAUUGUAAAUGUAAGUCCUUCGCCAAAGUUCCGACGAGUUUCCCUAGUCAAGCAACAAUAUGGGACUAAUAAACAGUCCCCAAGCAAUAAUAAAACGAUACUUGAUAGCUGGCAUGAUGACUUUGCCUGUGAAAAUGAAAGUCCUCCGUCGAAGUCUCGAAGAAUUUCAUUGGUCAAGCGAAUAAACGUCAAGAAUGAGUCACCGAGUAAAGAGAACAGUCCGCUUAAGAAGAAACCUUUGUGUACAGGGCUUGUGGCUGCUUGCAAGGAGCUUGUGAAUCUUGCAGUGAGUAGAGGUAGUUUAGAUGAUAUCACUGUUAUGAUUAUUGAUUUGAAGCACUUCAGAAAUAUCAUUAUCUCAAUUCUCUACUCAAAUCGUUUUUUCUUGCUUAUAAAGUUACCCAUUUUUAAGCUCUUUUCAGAGUCUUAUAUAAUGCAAAUCACCAAUGAACCAUCAUCAACCAUAACCAGAUCAGGCCAGAGUGUGUUCAUGUCAGUAUACAGAACAAUAUUAGCCAAUCAAUGUCGUUUAAUCACCAUAACAUGGUGCAAAAAUCUCUUACUUCAUGGCUUAUCUAUUUCAGUUCAACCAACCAACAAUCAAGAUCAUCAUCAAGAGUGCAAGAUUGAACUAAAGCCAUGGUGUUUUUGGAGAAAACAAGGUGGUAAGCAAUUUUUAGUAGAUGGUAAGGCUGUUGAUGUCGUUUGGGAUCUAAAACAAGCAAAAUUCAAUGGAGAAACAGAGCCACAAUCAGAUUAUUAUGUUGCUGUCGUCUCUGAAGGUGAAGUCGUUUUACUUCUUGGUGAUUUAAAAAAAGAUGCAUAUAGAAGAACAAAAUGUAGGCCUUCUCUUAAUGAACCAAUUUUAGUGUCAAGAAAAGAGCAUGUAGUUGGGAAAAGGAAAUUCAGUACAAAAAUUAAGAAAGAACCGACAAGUUAUAGCUCAAACUGUAUAAGCGUCGGGCAGCAUUCUGUUAACGUCGUGGGUUCAUUUUCUCCCAUCAGCGCUCCUCUUUCUCAAUUAUCGAAAAACAAAAUUCAUGAGAAAGAUACAAAAUUUCAUGAAAUUUCAAUUGAAUGCAUUAAUGGUUUUGAAUUUGAUCCAAAACUAGAGAUUAAAGUUGAUGGAGAAAUAGCAUUUGAAGUCAAGCAUCUUCAAUGGAAGUUUAGAGGAAAUGAAAUAAUUGAUGUGAGUAAAAGAAAAGUUGAGGUUUAUUGGGAUGUUCAUGAUUGGUUAUUUGGGUCUGGUCCAAGGUAUGGGUUGUUCAUUUUUAAGCCAGUUUCAUCAUCAAUACCAUUGUUGAAUGAUCAAGAAGUUGCUUGUGCACCAAGGGAAGAAGAUAAUGCUUGUGGGUCAUCUAGUUUUUGCUUGUUUUUGUACACUUGGAAGGUAGAAUGAAGGGUAGUUUUCCCCGUAGUUCCGACUUUUAAAUGGUACAACGAAAAUAUUAUGAUAUCGAUGUCUAUAAUGUAAUUUCUUUAAAUUCAUAGAUCUCGGCUUUUAAA